CUAAGGACCGAGUAACAGAGCUCUCCUCUACCGCGUCCACAAAAGAGUGCUCUGGCGCACGAGGACCUUCCUUAGCAACCGUGGAUAAACAUGAGUUACUACAGCGUAAGACCCUCGAGCUCUGCCAGCUUCUCUAGCUCGACGGCAAGUGGCAUCGAAGAUGACAGCGCCAGUCUUAUGCAACAGAAGCUGGAGAAACAGAGGGCACUGCUCGAGCAGAAGCAGCGGAGGAAGCGACAGGAACCUCUGAUGGUGCAGCCCAACACGGAGGCUCGGCCCCGGCGCUCCAGGACGCGGCGGGGGGAGGAGCAGGCCCCUCUGGUGGAGUCUCAAGUCAGUAUCACCAACGAUGUCGCCAUGGACGGUAUUGAUGGCCCAGCAGCUUUCUUGGGCUCAGAAGCCCCUGAUCUGGGAAUAAAAAUCCUGUCAGUGAGCCAGUGCCAGUCCCAGUCCCAGUCCCAGUCCCAGUCCCAGUCCCAGUCCCAGACCCAGUUCCAGUCCCAGACCCAGUUCCAGUCACAGCCUCAGUCCCGGUCCCCUGUUGCCGAGGAGCCUGAGAGAGACGGAGACACUGAGACGCUGAUAGAACCCAAGACAGAUAUCCAUGAAUUACUGCAGAAACAAGGUCUGUCCGGCAGCAUGAACUUCGAUGAAGACAGCGAGCGCGAGGACGACGUGGAGGAUGAACGUUCACGUUCUCUGUCCCCCAACGCCGGCAACACCAGACCCGCCUCUGCCGCCAGUGGCAAGGACAUUCCAGAGCUGGUGACCGCCGGAUCGCCCACAGCAGAGGGCUCACUGAUCGACGUGGUCGAUCCGGAGGAGUUUGUCUUGCGUCCGGCUCCACGCGGCGUCACCGUCAAAUGCCGAAUCACCCGGGACAAGAAGGGGAUGGACCGCGGCCUCUACCCCACCUACUUCAUGCACAUGGAGAGAGAGGAUGGCAAGAGGGUCUUUCUGCUGGCAGGAAGGAAGAGAAAGAAGAGCAAGACUUCCAACUACCUUAUUUCGGUGGAUGCCACGGAUCUGUCGCGAGAGGGAGAGAGCUUCAUCGGAAAACUGAGGUCCAAUCUCAUGGGCACCAAAUUCACAGUGUAUGACAGCGGCACCAAUCCCUACAAAAACCCCGGGACGCUGCUGGAGGAGAGCAACACGCGACAGGAAGUGGCUGCCGUCUGCUAUGAGACCAACGUGCUGGGGUUCAAAGGACCACGCAAGAUGACCGUGAUCAUCCCCGGCAUGAACAUGACCUUCGAAAGAGUCGCCGUGAGGCCUCAGAGCGAGCAGGAGAGCCUCCUGAGCAGGUGGCAGAAUCACUCCCUGGACAACCUGAUCGAGUUGCACAACAAGGCCCCCGUGUGGAACGACGACACCCAGUCGUACGUGCUGAACUUCCACGGCCGCGUCACUCAAGCGUCCGUCAAAAACUUCCAAAUAGUCCACGACAACGACCCUGACUACAUCGUCAUGCAGUUUGGCCGAGUGGCUGAAGACAUCUUCACUCUGGACUACAACUACCCCAUGUGCGCUCUCCAGGCCUUCGCCAUCGGCCUGUCGAGCUUCGACAGCAAGUUGGCCUGUGAAUGAACCGCCGUUUCUUCUUUUCAGCUCCACGACCGCCGCCACCUUUUACUGCCGUCCCUCGAAUCUCCUCUCACGGGACUGUUUGGAAAGCCCGCGGCUGCACUGCUUACAUCUGCAGGAUGACGAAAUAGUCAAGAGACAAAUAUGAGACUGAAGAAAAAGAGCAGGAAGAUGGUAAGAGGUGUUGGCGGCCUGUUGGCCGAGCCACAAAAAAACACCUCUUUGUUUCUGUGCGGGAAGCUUCUUCUUUUCUUCAUUUUUUCAUACCAUUUCAAGCAGGGGUUAUUUAAGUAUCAAUUUAACCAUUUUGUGCAGUUUACGUGUACACGUGUAUACAAACUUUAAAAAAGGGAAACGACAAAAAGCAGAACACGGCACUCUUGUCAGACAUCUGGUGCACGAGAAGAGAAGCGAUGAUAGACGAUGUCCGCUCGAUGUCUGCAGGGGGGCGAUGUGUAUUAACGAUGCGUCUUCUGUCGCCUCUAAAUGAAACGUUGUUACCACACGAAGUGAGAUGUUACUCUCCAGAGCAUAAACCCAUUUUGACUUGCAGAUCCAUAACUGCAUGGCUUUUCAUCUGGCGCCACCGUCAAGCCAAACUGAACAGAGUUAUUUGGUAGCGAAGGGGAAAGCAAACUUGUUUUCAUCCCGGUCAGAGAACGUCCAUCAUCUUUAAAUAUUGACACGUGACGGGGCUCAUUUUGACAUCGUUCUUUUAUUGUUUCGUGUGUGGGAAGUGCAUUAUUCAGAACAGGCCUGUGUUAUGGUUUUUGUGGCUUUUUGUUUUGUGAAUAAGUGUAAUUUUUAAAUCGGUGACAACUUGGGAUUAUCAAAAAAAAAAGCAGAAUUGCACAUUUAAAGAGAGAGGAUAUAUAAAUACUGUAAAUAAAACACUAGGUCAUGCCUUAUUCGAUCUCUUCUAGCUGUCUUUAAACAAAAUGUAUGAAGAAAAUCCAGUUUUUCAGUAGUAUUCAUAACGGAGGAGACAUUUGACGGAGGUCGUGUUGUGCAGCCUACAUGGCGCCUGUCUGGAAGCGUCAACCAUAUAACUGCCAGUGUCUCCUCCCUUUUGAAUCAUACGGGAAAUCAAUAAAGGAUUGGAGACAACUGUA